CGGGCUGCGGGAGCUGCUGCGCGGCCGGCCGGACGUGCUCGAAGCAUAGCAUCUGGGUACUGUUUCUUGUUGCAGAACUUCCUCUGAUCCCAAUAAUGAUAAAGAUGCAAGUCAAGUAGAAGUUAAAUGCAUUAUAUGUUCACUUACUACAAGUAGAAAGCCAAAGACAAUUUUAUUUAGACUUCAUCACUGUAGCAGAAAGAUUGGCUGUAAUAUGGAGCUGCCUGGCCUUGCUUUUGCUGUUUCGAUGUUUAUUUGCUUCCAUGUAUCUGUGGAUGGAUAUCCAAAUGGGAAAGUAAGAGAAGCGUGCACUAGCAUGGUGCCCUGUCAUGGUAGCUCUCCAAAACUGUCACCUGAGCAUGUCAUUACAGUUAAUAGGUCUCAAUUUAAACCUGGGGACAGUGUAGAAGUUCAGCUGUCUGGUCCAGAUUUUGAAGGAUUUUUCAUUCAAGCUCGGGAUGCAGAAGACUUGGAUAGCCCUGCAGUUGGUUCUUUUGUAUUAGUUGACCGGAGACAUUCUCAGCUUCUGACAUGUGGCCAUACCACGAAUUCAGCUGUUAGUCACACAAGUAAAGCAAAAAAGAAAGUUGUAAAAGUUUAUUGGAUUGCUCCUGGAGAUGCACCAAAACGUGUGCGAUUUCUAGCCACAGUUGUGAAGAAAUUCAAGACUUUCUGGGUGAAGAUUCCUGGUCCUGUUGUUUCUCAGCCUAAUGCACCAUUCUCAACAACACCCCUGUACACAACAUCAGAGGCUGUAUCAACUUCACAUUCAGUUUCCUACUUAACAAAGCCUUUUAAUGCAUCAGGUUGUGGAAAUACAAAGUUCUGCCUUAGGAACCCUUCAAACUGUGAUCCUGAGAGUGCUUCCUGCUUUUUCUUAUCCUUCCAUCAAGAGAGGAGAUCAGUACUCAUUGAAAUGAGUGGUCCCAGUGAAGGAUAUUUAGCAUUUGCUCUGUCCUAUGACCGAUGGAUGGGUGAUGAUGAUGCAUAUCUGUGUAUUAAUGAGGACCACCAUGUUAGUGUAAGCACUGCUUACCUGAAGGGACGAAGUCCUCCUAUUCUGGAUUCAAAGAAUGCUCUUGAAAAUGUGUCAUGGAGGCUUGUGGAUGGUGUUCUUCAAUGUUCUUUUAGAAGGAAUAUUAGUCUCCCUACAUAUAAGGGGAGGUUUAACAUGAAUGCCAGUUACUACAUCUUUCUGGCAGAUGGGGAAGCUAGUGAAGGUGGUCCAAUAUAUAAACAUCGUCGUCAGCCUCUGAUCACCAAUGGAAUGUACAAUGUCACUGGCAUUCCUCAGGAUAUUGGAGGUUCCCGGUCCCCGAGACUUAUCAAGGCUCAUGGUGCACUGAUGUUUGUAGCUUGGAUAAGUACAGUUAGUAUUGGUGUUAUUGUUGCACGAUUCUUCAAGCCUGUCUGGUCUCAUUCGUUCUUAUUUGGAAAAGAGUUAUGGUUUCAGGUGCAUCGUAUGCUUAUGUUAACCACUGUUACGCUUACCAGCAUUUCUUUUGUAUUGCCUUUUAUAUAUCGAGGUGGUUGGAGCAAACAAGCAGGUUUUCAUCCAUAUCUUGGCUGUACUGUGAUGGCUCUGACAAUCUUUCAACCUCUUAUGGCAGGUUUCAGACCAUCUCCUCAUGCACCAAGGAGGCAAUUGUUUAACUGGUUUCACUGGAGUAUUGGUACAACUGCUAGAAUACUAGCUGUGGUUACUAUGUUCUUGGGAAUGGAUCUGCCUGCACUUGACCUACCAGACCCAUGGGACACCUAUACAAUGAUUGGUUUUGUAGCUUGGCAUGUUGGUACUGAUGUUCUUCUGGAGAUACACAGCUACUGUCUCAUACGUAAAGUUGAACUGAUAGAGGAUGACAGAAUACAGAUAUUGCAGUCACUCACAUCUGCAGAAGCGGAAGGUAACCUGUUUAAACAGAUUGUGUUAACCAUUUAUGCCUGUGGAAAUAUAAUAUUCCUCAUUACCUUCCUGGCAGCAAUCAACCAAGUAUGAAAUAAGAAAUUGAGAACUUUGCAGUGAAGUACCAUGCAGCUGAAAAACAUGCAAGGAAUACUUUCUAUUACGUUUCCGUCAACACAUCCUUGAAGAUGUGGUUGAAGAGCAAUAGCAUAUGUACAAGGGAGAAAAAUUCGAA